AUGGACCGCAACAAUGUUCCUGAUACUGGUCAUGCCGCUCUCGCCCUCGAACAUCUUAGUGUUUGUCUCAUGUGCAAACUCUGGAACCGUCAUUGCUGGCCUCAGGAUCGAGCGCUUGGCAAGAAAUGUGAUGGCUGCGAGACAAAUGCACUCGUUUGCAUCAUCCCAGAAUUUGCCGUCCUUUUAUUUGGCGAUGUCGCUUCGUCUCUAUUUGGCAUCAAUCCUGUCUACCUACCUGAGGGUCCCAUUCAUUACGAAGGCCCCGAAGGUGCGAAUUCGCGAUUGGCUGAACUCAUUCUCCGUCAAGUCGCAACAUUGGCUUGCGCCAUGCCCUUCCCCUGCGCCCUUGCAGGAUCCGAUCAACUUGAUCUUGAUCCUGCAAAUUCUGAUAAUGGCGGCGAGAUUACUUUGGGCGGUACGGUAGUCUCCUGCCUUGAUGAUGAGGCAAUGUCCCCUUCGACAACCACUUCAACAACCUCUUGGCAACCAGGCCGGAAGGUUCUUGGCAGCUAUACCGCUGCCCCCAUGCCAGAAAACACCGUUGCUAGAAGGAAUACUUUCACUCAACCUUCCGGUGCUCAUGGUCGUCCGGCAACCUACUGGAAUACCGUUGGUGUCACGAUGUCCUCCUCCCCGUCCCCGCAACGCUAUUUCUCAGUCCCAGAUGCUCGAGGCGCGCAGUUUAUCCCACGGGAGGGCAUCUUGAACCGGAUCCUACAAAGCCUCUCCCUAGGAUCGAACACUGCUGGAGAUAAUGUCAUCUUUCUGGAAGGCCUCCCGGGGUCUGGAAAGACCACGAUGGCUCUCAAUGUUGCCUUUGAAGUUCGUGAGCGCUACUUAGACCACUCUGUUUUCUGGUUGUCAGCGGCAAGUUUGAGCGAUUUGCAUGAUUCUUACAAACGAAUCGCAAAUAUCCUUGGGAUAAAAUUAUACCAAGAUAUCACCACUGAGCAUUUGCAAGUCACUCAAGCACUUGAGCAGCUCCACGAGGGUCGUUGGCUUUGGAUCAUCGACACUGAACAGCAUAUCUGCCCAGAUGGUGUUGUCCCUCUCUGGCAGUAUCUCCCAAGAAAUAGAAAUGGCACGAUACUCAUCACAGGGAGGAGCAGCCAGGCAGCCGCGAGUCUCGGCGCUCGGCCAGAAAACAUCAUCAACGUGUCGCGCAUGAGCGAUGACGAAGCUGUCAAGCUCUGGUGCCAAACUAUGGCUGAUGGCGUUGAAUAUGGCAAUGGCAGCAGACUGGAAAUGAUCAAACUCCUGGGGCAUUCACCUCUGGCAAUCAAGAAGACGUGCAGUUACAUUAGAAUGAGCUGGAGUCGCGCGGCUGAAGUGAUCAGAGCUAAGAAGGCCGUCACCCAGCCUCAGCGUGUGAAUGUCACAAUCUCGCUGGCAGAUGAAUUUGACCCUUUGUUCCGCUUGAUCAAGCGCAAGGAUUCAUUUGGGUGGGACGCUUUAUGCUUCAUGUGCUAUCUUGAUGCAGCCCCCCUUCCAUUGUCCCUGCUUCCAGAGCCACCUCGGGGGGUAGAUAUCUAUCAGGCCCUGCAGAGGCUCAAGGAACACUCCUUUAUACUCCAGGGCGAGGAGGGCCCAUCCAGCUCGAUCCGGAUUGAUCCGAUUGUGCAGCUUUCUUUGCGAGUUUGGCUGAAGAAUGAAAACGAGCACCUACAAGUGAUCGAUACAACGAUGGUGAAGCUUGCCAUACGGCUGCCGCCACCAACGACCAGUACGUGGGAGGAGUAUUUCCCGCAUCUGUGGGCUGUUCUGAGGUUCGCACAUCGCUCAGAGCUGAGCGCCGAGGUUGUGAUACGUUGCAAAUUCGGCCUUGGCCUCUGGGCCAUGGAUCAACUCGACAAUGCGGAGAUGCAGCUGAGGAUUUGUAUCAUGCUCAGCGAAUUGGUCGACGGCCAGAGGCCCAUUGGGCUGAUGUUAUGUAUGGAGAUUCUGACGCUGUUCCUGAAAGAUGAGAGCAGGCACAAAGAGGCCGAGUUCUACCGACAACGCGCUCACGGAUUGAAUUUUUACAUGGCUCCAUCGUUCUCGUUGAAUCUACAGUUCCAGUAUAAUUGUUUGGAUCUUGCGGCCCAGAGGCUGCGCAUUCUGGAGAAGGUUCACAUGUAUCCUUGCAUUGAGGGGAUCUUGUAG